AUGGCAAGGCAUGUGUUCAAUCGUAUCCGAGAGGGAGUGGUUGCUCAUGACCCAUACUUCGAGUGCAAGACGGAUGCCCUUGGCAAGCUUGGAUUCUCCUCUUACCAGAAAUGCACCGCGACCAUCCGCAUGCUUGCAUAUGGAAUUCCAGGCGAUCUGGUCGAUGAGUAUGUGUGUAUGAGUGAGACAACAUGUCUGAUGUCAAUGUACAAGUUCUGUCAGGCUGUGAUCGAGGUGUUUGGCCCUGAGUACUUGAGGCAGCCAACUGCCGCUGAUACAGAGAGAUUGUUGGCGACCAAUGCAGCUAGAGGCUUUCCAGGCAUGCUUGGGAGUAUAGAUUGUUCUCACAAUGAUAUCAACGUGCUGCAGCGUUCUCCAGUCUUUGCAAGGCUUGCAGAAGGCCACUCCCCACCUGUCAACUUUGAGAUCAACGGCCACCAGUACAACAAGGGAUACUAUCUAGCUGAUGGUAUAUAUCCUCAGUGGUUAACUUUUGUGAAGACAAUCUCGAAACCCCAAGCUGAGAAGAGAAAGAGAUUUGCCCAAAUGCAGGAGAGUGCUAGAAAGAUGUGGAACGUGUUUUUGGUGUGCUUCAAUCCCGGUGGGGUAUCGUUCGAAACCCUGCACUGUCAUGGGAUGAAAGGAAGCUUUGGGAGGUGA